UUCGCAAUGGACGUUAAGCGCAGCCUAUCGAUGAUAAAACAAAGUUCAUUAAACGUGUUUAACGUAUUUUGAAUACAUGAAUCUUGGGUUUGAUAGAGAGAGACUAAGUCAACCCUAAUGACACGAUUUAGUCAAAGUUUCACGAUAGUCACAGUUUUAGACUUAAAGUAUGACGAAAAAAAAAGUUAUGUUUGAUUCGAAAUAAAAUUUUUAUCACAUACAAUUGGAUAUUUUUUUAUUAAUCAAAACAAAAAAUAAUUGUAUGUUACAAAAAUUGUAAUGGGAGCUAGUCACUCAAACAAACAUGACAGAAAUGGCCCUUUAGGCGAUGAAGUGAACUUCAAUCAUUUUGAAAUUCUACGAGCAAUUGGUAAAGGAAGUUUUGGCAAAGUAUGUAUCGUUGAAAAGAAAGAUACAAGACAAAUGUACGCAAUGAAAUACAUGCAAAAAAGUCGAUGUAUAGAAAGAGAUGCAUUGAAAAAUGUCCUAAGAGAAAUGGAAAUUCUAACUACUUUGGAACAUCCAUUUUUAGUAAAUUUAUGGUUCUCAUUUCAAGAUGAAGAAGAUCUCUUUAUGGUAUCUGAUUUGUUAUUGGGUGGUGAUCUCAGAUAUCAUCUCGACCAAGAUGUUAAGUUUAGUGAAAACUCAAUAAAGCUUUUUGCUUGUGAAAUUGGAUCAGCAUUAGAAUACUUACAAAGUGAACGCAUUAUUCAUAGGGAUAUUAAACCUGAAAAUAUUUUACUGGACGAAGAGGGUCAUGCACAUAUCACAGAUUUCAACAUAGCUGCCACACUAAAAGAUAAAAAACUAGCCACGUCUUUAUCUGGUACAAAACCAUAUAUAGCUCCUGAGAUUUACUUAUGUUCAUUGGGCGAAUGUCCUGGCUAUUCGUUUGCAGUUGACUGGUGGUCCCUAGGCGUAACUUUAUAUGAAGUAAUGUCUAGAUGUCGACCUUAUGACAUACAUUCCGUCACAUCUCCCAGAGAAGUUAAAUCUUUAAUAUUUAAUUCAACAAAUUCAACUACAAUUCCACCAAAAUGCUCAGAAAAUUUAGGAAUACUAUUUCAGAAGCUUUUAUGUAUAAAUCCAGAUGAAAGAAUAACAAAUGUAAAAAAACUUAAAUCAAUAGCAUGUAUAAGUCGCUACAACUUUGGAAUGAUUCUAGAAAAACAGAUCAAACCUCCAUUCACACCAGCGAAAGAUAGACUCAAUUGUGAUCCAACAUUUGAACUCGAGGAAAUGAUUGUUGAGCCUAACCCACUACAUAGAAAACCAAGACGACUAGCUAAACAAAGAUCAUUAAGAAUUUCAACGUCAAUUGAAGACUCGGAAGUUAAUAGACAACUUCAACAAUUUCAAUGUUAUAAUCGCGAAAGAGAACUUCUGAGACGAGAAAUGGAACGCAAAGAGCAUGAUUGGGAAGAAGAACUCAUUAAGGCUAUGAAUGCUUCGACAAUACCAGCACUAGUACCUGCAAUGGUUGUAAAUGAAAAUAAAAGUGACUUACUUACGGUACCAAUGAUACAAGGUGAGCGACGUCGAUCAAGUUGUUGCAAACUUAAUAUAACUCCAGAUAGUAUACAAGCGCGGCUAUUAGCAGCAACUCAUGCAGAUAUUAGCUGACACAAAAACAAUGAUCCAACUAAUUGAAACGGUUGUUUUCCAUGUGAACGACCAAGUCUGUUUUUAUAUUGUCUGCAAAUUUAAGUGCGACUUAUGAUAAAUGUAUUUAAUGAAAAAUAUUACUGUAAAUAAAUUAUAUAUAAAAUCUGUUUAGAAUAAUCAAAAUUGGCUAUUUGAUUUAUUAAUAUUUCAAGACAUUUUAAGUUGGAAAAAUAUUGAUUUAUUUGCAAAAAAAAUUAUAAAUUUUCGAUUAAAACCAUAUACCAACUAUUAACAAAUAUUUUAUACAUUGUAAAUAUUAAAUAUCAAUUAUAUCUGAAACUAGCUACCAAAACAUUUUACUUU